AUGGCGGAUCUCAACGCCCUCGGGAAUCCCCCGAUUCAUUAUCGAUCUCUCGCAUUGUUUUUUGGCUACCUCUCAAUCGCAACCGGUCUUAUCCUCAGCAUAAUCCGCGUCAUCAACGUCCGAUAUCAUGCCCGCCAGAAGCAAAAUGACUGGAAUGGACCCCAGCGGCGCAAGCAAUUUUAUCUCUUUGCUAUUUUGGCAGCUCUGAGCCUCGGCUUUACGUGGUUCUAUAUGAUCAGUCUGUUUGUUUGGUCAUACAAAAAUUGGGCCUCUAGUCCCGAUGGACUAUUGUAUUCGAGCAUAGAUAUGCAUACUGUCACCCGGAUGGGUCUUUGGCUUAAAAACACCUAUGUUUUCCAGGAAGCUUGGGAGACAGUUUCUGAGAAUCCGAUGCGGUUUUGGUGGAGUGGACAGAUCUUUGGAUGGACGAUUGGGUGGAGUAUUUUCCUUGGCAUCACCGGUCGGAGAUAUCGCAUUCCCCAUGUUUGGGUGUACAUGCUCGUUGCCCAAGCUGUCGGUGUAUCUGUUGCCGCGAAUCUUUUCUUUGCCGCCAUCACUGUCUCGCAACGACCCAACGAGAAACAUGAUAUCUUCGCAUGGUCUCCGUCGCUAGUAUAUGAGCUCGUCCCAGUCGUACUCUCACUCCUCGACACGGUAGCUGUGCCGAUCUUCGCGUACGAGAAGAAAUUCAUGCUCGUUCUCCUCGCACCCCACGCUCUAGUUUUUAUUCCUUGCGUGCUGCGCCCGAGAAGUUCCGCCUCGAAGGGCGCUGCCACCAAGGCACAGGGAGAACAAACGACAAAGCGAUAUGCUUUAUUUAUCUAUUGGAUUGCGGCGGCUUCCGUUGUUCUGCAAGCCUAUUUCACUGUUUUGAUGUUGCUGGAUAUAGGUCCAGAUGUAUCGUACGGCGAGGUGGCUCAGCGGCUACUGGAUACGGUAUAUGUUCAUCCUGCUUGCAGUAGCGUGAGCUGGGACGUCAUUUGGUGCACAGUGAGUGCUUUUGCUUGGGCUGUUGUGCAUGGUUUUGAGGCGAGAGCAAUGCUUGGUGGACGGUGA